AUGAGGGUGAAGGCCAAGAAAGCGGAGAGCCGCAGCCGGGACGCGGCAGGGGCUGCGGAGGCAGGGAGCACAGAGGGCAGGACCACUCAGGAGCCCCCGGCCCGCCCCAAGGGGGCCAUGAGCAUCAGGCCGGAGGCCCCGCGGGAGGAGGGCGACGCCGGGGACAGGGGCCGGGAGGCAGAGCUUCGGGGCCGAGCCCAGCUGAGCCAGCAGCGCCGGCUCAGACAGGCCACCCAGUUCCUGCACAAGGACUCGGCCGACCUGCUGCCCCUGGACGGGCUCAAGAGGCUCGGCACCUCCAAGGACUGGCAGCCACACAGCGUGAUCCAGAGACGCCUGGUGGUGGAGGGGAGCCCGGGCCAGCCUCAGGGGGAGCCUCCCCGGGCGCAGGCCCCGAUUCACAGCCAGGAGAGCAGGACGAUGACCAGCAAGCCCGAGAAGCCAGCGCUUCUGGUCAAUUGCAAGUGCCGGGACCAGGAGCUUCAGGUGGCGGUGGACACGGGCACCCAGUACAAUCAGAUCUCUGCGGGAUGCCUCAGCCGCCUCGGGUUAGGGAAGAGGGUCCUAAAAGCCCCAGGUGGGGACCUGCACCCGGGGCGCCCAGCCCUGGUGGAGCAGCUGGAGCUACAGCUGGGCCAGGAGACCGUGGAGUGCUCGGCUCAGGUGGUAGAUGUGGAGAGUCCUGAACUCUGCCUUGGCCUGCAGACCCUGCUCUCUCUCCAGUGCUGCAUCGACCUGGAGCAUCACGUGCUGCGGCUGAAAGCCCCGUUCUCAGAGUUGCCCUUCCUGCCUUUGUACCAAGAGCCCGGCCAGUGACGAUGGUAGCCCCGGAUGGUCCCCAGGGGAAGACUCCCUGACUCAGGAGGCGAAGCCCUGGGGGAUGGGGCAUGACUAGAGCUGGGUAGCUGGGGACUCUCCCGCCUGUCACCACCCUGACCCCGCCAUCCCGUCUCCCUGGCUGGCGGCCACGCUCCUCUGCUUCUCAGAACCUGCCCUGCCCCCCAAGAAAAACGUUUCCUAGAAAGGGCCCAAGACCUCAGGGUUCUGGUUUCCCUGUCCUCCCUUAUACCCUCCCAAGAACAGAGCCACAUCAGGACUGCAGAAAAGGACAUCAGCAAAGCGGGGCUCCAGGCUGGGCCCUGGCGCGGCCAGGGUGCCCCGAGUUCGGGGCUGCAAACUGCUGCCUAUCCCUGCCUGCCCUGUCCACCCUGAACACCCCCGAGGCCUUGACUCCACAUUGCUCACCUCACAACUAGCCUGCCCCCUUACCGGCCCUGGGCCCUGGCCCUGCUGGCCCACGUUUCUGACUUUGUGCUCGGCUGAGCAAGAGAGAAACCGUCAUCAUGACGGGGACGUUGUCGGGAGAGAAGCGCCCAGUCCACGAGGCUGUGGGCUCUUUCAUCAGUUGCCUUUUCUGGGGCUACAAACAACUGAAGCCGGUUACUGUUUUGAUUGCCCCGUGCACACCCUGGAUAUACCUCUACGACUUACUCCAAACACUUGCCCUCCACCUGCUUCCUCACCUGCUGGGCCCCUGAACUUUGGGUGGGGGGCAUGUGGAGAACUGCCCCCCAAGCCAGACAGGAGGGUGGGAUUGUCAGCACCGACUUUACCUGGCCAGUAUUCCUUACUUCCAGAACUAUCCACCUCAUUCAACCUUCUUCCCGCCCCUCACCUCUGGCCUCCUGAGCUUGAGCUCAUCUUCUCUGGCACCAGUAGCUCUUCCCAACCCUCACCCCACCCCAGCCCUGAGUCCAGUAAAGACCCAAGGAGGCUCUGCCACCUUCACUGUGAACAGAGGAUCCCAAACCUUAAAGUCCAGGCGCCUGGUGUCCUUCUGGCAGGUCUGAGUCUCAAAUUUGGGGGAAGAGUUAAACAGUGGUAUAGGUAACCUGACCAGGGGACUAUGCCCCUUGGGUUGGAAACAAAACCUGGAGCCCGCACUAAGUUAGACCAGAGCAGGCCCAGGAAAGGCCGUGCCCCCUGGGCAUACCUUCCUCAGCUAUGUCCCUGGCACAGGUGCAGGAGUGUGGUGGCCCCUGCUGUCACCCUCCAUGAUCCCUGCGCUCCUGGGUCUCACCCUGUUGCUCUCCCUUCCACCUGUUGCUUCUGCCAUUGCAGACCCCAGGCCCAAGAAUGCCCUCAGCUCAGCAGCGACUUUGUUGGAAUAAACACCUGUUUCUCUAA